CCUAUAUAAAUCCAAAUAGGUGCAAUCGAGCAGAUCAGUUAGUGCGUAGCUGAACUCCGUUGUACUCAAACUUAUUAUACUUAUAUUGUACCUACGAAUGAUGGCAGGUUGGACAUUUUUUUUAGCAAUACUGGUGUCGUUGCAGAUCGUUCAGGAUGGCGUCCACUCGUGUACAUUGCGAAGUCAUAAGGUUCCGGACCCGCAGUCGUCGUGUUCCAAUCCUGGUUCCGCCGUUCCGAUUCCAGCGAUUCCGCGCCGCACACCGGCCUCGUGUGCACCACCCACGCCCGGACUGCAAUACCCCGACGCGUUAAAUAAAAUUCCAAGUAUUUCACCCGUUUCGUUUACGUCUUCGCUAUCAAAUCCAGUUCCUGCUGACACUGUACUUCCGCCGGUCCCGGUCCCGCGUUAUUCAGCGCCUGUUUCGACGAGAAUUUCCGGUAACGACCGAAUUCUUAUUGAUCUCUUGCUCGAAUACUUCGCUACUCAGGUACCGCCGUACCGGUUACCGUUACCGCCGUUGAGCUCGUCAUCUCGUGGUUUCACGCCUGUUUCAAGUCUGCCUGCACUAUUAACGCCUACUCCUUAUCCUGCAACGCCUAACCUGCAGAUUGGUCCGGCUGAACUACAACAGUUCCUUUCACUUUUGUCGUCUGUUUCAGGACCCGGCUCCGAUUUGUUAAAUCCCGCAGUCCCUUCAGACCGUUUACUCCCGUCUUUGUCGCCCGCUCCGCCGGCACAUGUCACUACUCCACCCCCCGCCAUCGCCAGCGUACCUGAAAGCGCUAUGCUCGAAGCAGCGGCAGCAACAGCGGCGGCCACAGAAGCAGCGGCAACAGAAACAACAGCAACAGCGUCCGUCGACGAGCCGAAAUCGACGCCUGUACCGGAAACUGCACCGGUCGUGCCGCCAAACUCAUUUCUGGCGCCGAACCCCGCGGAUAGCGUACCCGCUGCCGUCCAGACAUUGGAUCCCGGGUCGGCCAACGUCCCUGUUUCGGCUCCUAUCAACGUAUCCGACUCUACUUUCGUCGCACCGGAAGCUUCCGGUUCUGAGUUAGGAGCGAUCUCGUCGACGGUAUCGAACACCGUACCGACUGCAGAUUCCACCUCCGCAUCAACUUCCGACGUCGUGUCGUCAGCGUCACCUCCGUCCGACGUUACAACGCCAAGCAUAGUAUAAAUGCCUUCAGUCGACGACAGUUACCGUGUUUUCCGUCUAUGACCCAUACAAACCUAUGGAACUGUUUCGAUUCUCGUAUGUAUGUAUGUAUGUAUGUAUGUAUGUAUGUAUGUAUGUAUGUAUGUAUGUAUGUAUGUAUGUAUAUAUGUAUGUAUGUAUAUAUAUAUAUACACACUUAUAUAUUAUUAUAGUUUAGUACAAAUAUUAUGUAUAGUUGUCUUACCAAAAAAUAAUUAUCAAACAAAAUAUUACAUAGGAAUUGAAUAAAUUAAUGAUUUUUACGUUACACCUACAUAAUAUUAUAAUAUAGUAUGGUCAUAGUGAUAAGCAUAUUUUACCUUCCAAAAUAUAUUUAUUUUUUAAAUAUUAAGUCACAUAGAAGUUAUAUAGCUUAUUUUAAAUUAGGAUUGAUUUUAUCAUGAGUAUAACUUACUCAUCCAGAGUACCAAAAUUGUUACAAAUAAUUUGUAUAUAUAAUGA